CACUGGCUCUGCAUUCUGAGUAACUCUUUGCCAUUUGAGAGAUUGGAAGCAAAAGAAAAGGCAGCAGAAUGAAGACCUUUGUAAACAUUUUUCUGGGAUUUUUUAUCUUUGAGUCUGUUGGUGCUGCACCCAUCGCUGACACAGUAAUUUAUGAUUCUGAGUUCUAUGAAAUACCUCUUGGAGAGCUGUCCCACCCAUUUGUCUAUGUUGAAAACGAGCAGUCUGACCAGUUAGAGACGGAGACUGGGACAGCUCUACCUUCUGUAGCUCAAGAGAGUUAUUCUUCUGCACCGUUGACAGAAGAACCUGAGGAGGAAGCAUCAACACCAAAAUUAAUUGAUGGCUCUUCAGCACAAGGGUCUGGUGUGCUUGGGCCCCAAACUCGUGAUGGCCUUCCAACUUGCCUUUUGUGUACAUGUCUAGGGACCACAGUCUACUGUGAUGAUCGUGAGCUUGAUGAUGUUCCACCGCUGCCUAAGAAAACCACGUACUUCUACUCCCGCUACAACAGAAUCAGAAGGAUCAACAGAAAUGACUUCGCUAACUUGAGCAAUUUAAAGAGGAUUGAUUUGACUGCAAACUUUAUAUCAGAGAUUCAUGAAGAUGCCUUCCGGAGACUGCCUCAACUCCAGGAGCUGGUGCUCCGUGAAAAUAGAAUAAGGCAACUCCCUGAGUUACCAUCCACUUUGACAUUCAUUGAUGUUAGUAACAACAGGCUUGGUCGCAGGGGAAUACGUAAUGAGGCAUUUAAAGAUCUGCAUGAACUGCAGCAUCUUUACAUCACUGACAAUAACCUGGAUCAUAUUCCAUUGCCACUCCCUGAAAGUCUCCAAGCUCUUCAUCUUCAGAACAACAACAUUCAAGAGAUGCAUGAAGAUACUUUCUGCAAAAUGAAAGAUUUUAAUUAUGUCCGUAGGGCUCUUGAAGACAUCAGACUGGAUGGUAAUCCCAUCAACUUGAGCAAAACACCUUAUGCAUAUAUGUGUCUACCCCGUUUGCCAGUUGGUAACCUCAUCUAAGCUUUGGCAGGAGCCAAUACUGCCAUACGCCAUGAGAAUCUUUAAAGACAAAUACUUAAGUCUUUGCAGCAUUAAGCAAAAUGCAUUUUUUUCACAUCUCAUUAGAUUGGGAGAUAUUUCUAUUAAUAAUGAAAUCGAUUAAUCAGAUACAAAGAAUAAUAUAAAUGCUAAAAGACAAACCUGUUAUCUAUCCAAAUAUAUGUUGUAGAGCAACUCUAUAUGAAGAAAAACAUAUUACUACAAAAACUGCACUGAAGGCAAUAGAAGAUGGAUGAAAAUUCAUAAUUUUAUGAUUAAUCAUUCAAUUUAAUGUAGGAAUUCUAAAGUUAAUUAAUUUUAUAUGUUAAAACAAUUAUAACAGUAAAUAAAGAAAAAGAAAAAUACAUGUACAUAAUUCAAUAUCUAUCUCCUUUUCAUUUAAUUAAAUAUUUUACUCUCAGAGACGGGCACUUUUUUCUACUCCUUUCCUAAAAUAUUUGUUUGUUUUGGAAAAGUGAUAAGAGUAUUUCAAAAAGCAUGUUUUCUUUAGAAAACAUGGAAUGUUUCUUUGCAGCAAUAAUAAGAUGUAGAGACUAAACUUGUAACAGUAAAAUGCAUAAAUAAAUAAAAUACAUAACAUAUUUAUCAA